UCAGGUUUUGACAUUGUGAUAACUUUCCACCUGUUGGGUAUUUAAAGUUGAUCUAUUGCUGUCUGUCUAACUUUAAGUUUAAAAUGGGGAAAAAACAAGCCAAUAAAAAAGGGGGUGAUAAUGCACAACUAAUAAAAAAAGGGGGUGAUAAUACACAACCAAAAUCUAUGGGGCCUCAAAAUGGGGGUCAAAAGCCAUCAAGUGACCCUGCACCGACCAGGAACCGAGGAUCAAGUGACCCUGCACCGACCAGAACCAAGGAGUCAAAUAGCAGUCUCUGGUGUAUGAUAUUUCUCAUCACUGUGGGAUGUGGAUGUGCAUUCUCCUUCUUCAUGUAUGAAAUGGAUCUCACAAAGACAGCACUUGUCAAAGAGAUUGAACAACUUUCAAAGGAGCUUGAAACUGUGGCAUCAUUGAGAUCUGACAUCAAAGCCAACAAAGCAAGUUUAAACGGUUUGUCCAAGGUUCAGGAUUCAUUUGAAGCAAUGAAGGAUCAAAUGAAGCAAUCUGAGCAGAGCACACGCAGUUUUAAUGUUGAGAUUCCAAAAUUAUCAUCAAGAGUCAAGCAAAGUGAAGAAACUCUGAAGAAUCAACUUACUCACAUGGAAAAGUCCAUACAGCAACUUGAGGCAAGAAACUCCGAGAGAAUUUCCCUGUUGGAGCAGUUUAAUGCUAAAGAGAUUGAAAGAUUGACUAAAUUAACUGUUGAGACAAAACAGCUUGCUGAAGGACUGAGAGCCAAUCAUGCAGAUUUACAACAAAACAUGAAAACGGAAAUUUCUGAUUCUCUGAGAAAAGUGGUUCAAGAUGUAGCUCAAUUGCAGGCUUCUGUUGAGUAUUUCAACACAAAGGAAACUUCCCUGCAGGAGGAAAUAUCUAAGAUGAAGCUCAAGUCUGUCACCGAUGUGGAUCUGAAUGAAGUGAAAGAACAGGUUCUUCAACUCACAGAUAAAGCCACAAAAACUGGGAAUGCGUACGCCAGUGUACAAGGUGCCAUUGACGAUGCAUCUCAGCGGUUUGAAUCUCAAAUCUCCGUGCUUACUGCUCAUGUGAAGUCCGGUAAAGAUGAAUUAUCCAUGAUGCGUGAAGAAGUGAAUGGUCUUCGCCAAUUAAGUGAUGAGAUUAAAAAGAUGGCAGAACCACAGGCCCAAGAAGCUGCAAAACCAAAGGAGAAAAAACCUUAGGAGACGAACACUUUGAAACUUUUUGCAGGCAAAAUUAUGCGGAAUUUUUUUUAUUGAAAUUAGGUACAAUCUUCAGUAUGUUUAUUAUUAGGUACAGUAUAACUGUGUGUGUUGAAAUUCUGCAGUAAAAUUUGUAAUUUUUUUUAUAUAAAAUUGUAAGCUGACCAAGUUGUUUGAUUGUGUAGUUAUUUGUAGAUGUGGAAAAGUAGAUAGUAGAUAAUAUCUUAUAAAAAUGUAAAGUUUAUAAAACAAGUGUAAUAACUAGUUUGUAGUGCAAUAAAAUUAUAAAAUUUUCUGUUAAGCUCUUCCAUAUUGUUAUAAAAAUUUUGGUUUCGAUCUAUUUCAAUAGUGGUUCAUUUUUCUCUGUUAGUUUCAUUUUGCUGAACAAAAACUGGUACAGUAUAUUUUCUAGAGCAUAGCUAUUUAGUGGUACAACAUAUUUUUGUAAUUUGAAAACAACAAUAUUUGUGAACUUUUGUAAAUUAAUAAUUAUCACCAGCCACUUCCACCAUGAUCAUAGUGUGUGAAAGCAAUAUCAUUAUAUUAUUCCUAUAACUUCUUAAAAAAGUGUCUAAACAUUGUUUAUUCGACAAUAAAAAAUAAUGAAUGUAUUCUGAAAUGUUGGAACAUUAUUCCUGAAUGUAUUUACAAAAGUUUUUGUCUUUACCUGUUAAAAUACUGUGCAAAUUUUAUAUUUUCUGUUAAAAGUUCGUUAAACUAAAGCUAAAAUUUAAUAUGCAUAAGUUUAUUUUAUAUUGAAUCAAUCAUCCAAAACAGUGCCAAUGUUUUUUGCAAGCUUAAUUUUCACAUAAACAAUAUAUGUAUUCGUUUCACCACAACAAACAAUAGUAAUUUACCAAGUUUAAAACAAGGUGUGAUUUUUGGUGCAG